UGCUGAUCCAGAACCGGCGAUCUCCAGCCACAGCUCAUGGAGAUCUCACUCGUCUCCUUCGUUUUCCCCACCUUCCUUCUCUUCUUCUUCUUCCUCCUCCUCUUCAAGCGACGUUCCACUCCUACUCCACCCAACUACGCGCCUCUCAAGGGAUACCCUGUCGUCGGUAACAUUCCCUAUCUCAUCAAGAACAGCCAUCGCAUACUCGACUGGUCCGCCCAACUCAUACCCUUGUCCCCCACCGGAACCGUUACCGUCGCUCCCUUCGUCUUCACCGCCGACCCCGCUAACGUCGAGCACGUCACGAAGACCCGCUUCGCCAACUACCACAAGCCGGAGCCCAUCAUCGCCGCCAUCAGCGAUUGCCUUGGCCGCGGCCUCGCCACCACGAAUGGUGCAGAGUGGCGGAUCCACCGCAAGGCUGCCACGAACGAGUUCAGCACUGCCUCGCUCCGCGCCUUCGCUUAUGAAAGCGCCUGCCGCACGCUCACCGCCCAGCUGCUUCCUCUGCUUUUGAGGGUUAGUCGGAGCGGAGAGGUGCUGGAUCUCACGGACGCGCUCGAGCGCUUCGCCUUCGACCACACGUGCAGCCUCGUGUUCGGCGAGGGCGCCGGGUGCCUCGGCGGUGAGGAGGGUUGCGAGGGGGAUCGGUUCUUCUGCGCAUUCGAGACCGCCGCGCGCCUCUGCGUUGAGCGCGCGAAGCAGCCAUUUACUCUCGUGUGGAGGAUCAAGAAAUGGCUCCGCGUCGGAUCCGAACGGAGGUUGCUGGAGGCGAUGGAGAUCGUCCACGCGUACGUCGAUCGGCGCAUGCGUCGUCGGCCCGCAGCAGACUCCAGCGGCUGGCGUGACGACCUCAUAUCUCGCUUCACGGCCGGCGGCCACUCUGAGGAGUUUGUCCGCGACAAUCUGAUCAGUUUCGUGCUCGCCGGGCGCGACACGACGCCGUCGGCGCUGACGUGGUUCUUCUGGGUGCUAUCUUCGCGGCCCGACGUGGUGGCCCAAAUCAGGGAAGAGAUCGAACGAAUCAGAUCUGGACGACGGCAAGGUGAAACUUUGUUGACCCAGGAUGAUCUGAAGCAGAUGAACUACCUGCAGGCGGCUAUAUCCGAGACGCUGCGUCUGUACCCGCCGGUGCCGCUGGUGCCGAGGGAAUGCCUGGAGGACGACGAGCUCCCCGAUGGCGCGCGGGUGCUGAGGGGGUGGGUAGUGAUGUACAACGCUCACGCCAUGGGGAGGAGGGAAGCAUUGUGGGGGAGGGACUGCGAGGAGUACAGGCCGGAGAGGUGGCUAGAGGAGGGGGUAUUCCGGCCGAGGAGCUCGUCGGUGUACCCGGCGUUCAAUGCGGGGGCGAGGGCGUGCGUAGGGAAGGAGGUGGCGCACCUGUUGAUGAAGGUGGUUGGGGCGAGCGUGUUGGAGAAGUUCGAUGUGGAGGUGGUGGAGGCGAGUGGCCGUCGCCGGCUGCUGAUGGCAAUGAAGAUGGAAGGAGGACUGCAGGUGAAGCUGAAGCAGAGAAGAGCGUAAUUAAUUACCCUUUAGCGAACUGUGUCAUUCAUAAACGCCAGGGAUUUCUAUCCUUUUUUGGAUUUGACCGGUCAAUAACAGA